CUAUAUAAAUUGAACCAACAAUUAGCCGGCCCGAGCCAAAUGGAGAAGACAGAGAAGGAGACCGAGAGCGAGACCGAAAUAUUCCGAGAAAUCGUGGAAACGGGCUCGGGCACGGAUGGUUCUCAUCCACGCACGGAUCCGACCCGGAAAUCGGAGACCGUGAAGACGAAGGUGCCGGAAGUGGAGGUCCACCUGUUCCGGCGGGGCAAGGGUCCGAUCGACGUGUUCAAGGCUGGACUUGGAGGUUGGGAACAGGACGAGCUCGAGGUCCGAGACAUCCUUGACAAAUACGGGUUCAAGUCGAUCUACGCGUUCAAUUCCGGGGCGGGGCGUGGCCUCGCGAUCCGGUUCAAUCCGAGGAACGGACGGUCUCUGUUGACUUACAGGGACGGAUCCGUGGUUUACAUCGAUGGGGAGCCCAAGGAUUCCUUGAUCAAACCAGUAACCAAGAUCUUGUUUGGGGUAGCAGUUAUAACCAUUUUGCUAACAUUGGUUUUGAAGGAAACUCCAGUGUGGGUCGAGAAAUUUAACAUUUUUGGUGGGAGCUUCCCUCCAUGGAUCCUUGCUUGCGUGGUUAUCGUAUUCACUCGCACGAGGAAAAGAACUAAGGACUUGUUGAAAAAGGUUGGCGGAGAUCGAGCCACCUUAGUUGUUAUAAAAGAACUGGUGCCUGUGACUGGAGGAAUGAGUUUGUGAAUUAUUUCAAUGCAAUUCAGGCCGUGGAAUGGGUUUUACA